AUAAAAGCAUCUUGAAUGCGGACAACUUGUAUCAGUUUAACGGUUUGACUUGCUGAAUCAACAGAGCGGAGAAAGGCAAUGAUGGAGUCUCAUUUAAAAUCAAAAGUGUUUAUGGUCUAUUUGAUGAUUGGAUUAGUUACUUCACGACCACAGUAUAACUAUGCAAGUUCAAGUUCUUAUGGUCAGUCAUUCAAUUUGGCUUCCAAUUCAAAUAACAACCAGAUAACGCAAAUUGUCGCAUCUCAGCCCUUGACGCAUACGUAUAUACCACCAGUUCAACAAAUUCAGUCUUCAGUCCAGUCUCAGUACCCACCAGUACCACAAUACCUUCCACCAUCACAAUCUUUUUCAUCAUCUGUCCCCUCGGGACAGCAAAUUUUUGGGGAUAUUUCACAACUACCCUUGCAGAACACUAACAUUCAAGGAUUUGCAGGACAAUCGAACUUAAUAGGCCAAUCAUCUUCUGUUAAUGCUGGACAAUCCCUAUCAAGUGGUUUCAAUGGACAAUCUCAGGGAUUCUCAGGUGGAGUAAUACGGCAAUCUCAAGGCUUUUCUGGUGGGGUAAAUGGUCAAGGCUCAUCAGUUUCCAUAAAUCAGCAAGCUCCUUUGCGACCACAGCAACGAACUAUUGUAACUAAGGAUAUUUUUGUUCACACUGCUCCUCCAGAUGCGGAGGAAGAAUUAGCUUUCAACAAACAACUUGAAUCGAUUCCAAUUCGCAAAAACUAUCGUAUCAUCUUCAUCAAAGCUCCAACACAGAACCUCAGAAUUGCAGCCGAAGCUCUGAAACAAGCGCAAGCGAUCAACGAAGAAAAAACUGUUAUCUACGUCCUCUCCAAAAAAUCUGACGUUGCAGACCUUCAAAGGCAAAUUAGCCAAAUCCAAGCUCCUCAAACAAUUAAUCAAAAACCAGAGGUUUACUUCAUCAAGUACAAAACAAACGAAGAAGCCCAGAGAGCUCAGCAAGAGAUUCAGGCUCAAUAUGAUAAAUUGGGCGGAUCGACAAGUAUAUCUAACGAGGGAAUUGCUCCAGUUGUUGGUGCUUUGAAUUCUGGAAGUAUUUUAACAAGUGGUAGUGGGCAAAAGGAAGCAAUUACUGCCCCAUCUCAAAAAUACCUGCCAGCUAAGGUUUAAUUGAUAAACGAAAUUCAUAUUCAUUUGUGCUUUGAACAUAGUCAUUUCUUAUAGUCAUAAAUUAUUUAAAGAAAAAUAUUAAAUGCAUUUGUUUUAAAUUGCAA